UCUCUCUCUACAUCCCUUCUCUCUUGAGUUCUUUGUGUUUUUCCUUCUUUCUCUGGAAAAAUUAUAAAAUAUUGUUGAGGAGAAAGUGGAGGGCUUUGUAUUCUUUUGGCGCUGUGAAUUCUCAAGCGAAGCAAAAGUCUUCCUCUUCUCUUUCACACCUUUCAAUCUCAAAACCACCGAAGAAGAAUGAGAAUCUAGGGUUUGGCUGCACCAAGUCCAACAAGGUCUGUCCUUUGGUGCUAUUCCUGCUUUUUCAUUCUAGCUUUGAUCAGUUUCCUUCUGUGAAAAUAGCUGUAUAUGGUUUCAUCUCUAUUUGGGGUUUUCUCUUUUUCAAUCAAUCUUCACUGACCCAGUUUUUAGUGUUCUCCUGGUCUUCUUUGUUUCGGAAAACUGAGCCUUUGCUAUGGUGAAAUUCCUGAUUUUUCAAUGAAAAUCUCUAGCUUGGGCGUUUCAAGUUCGGUGAAAAUGGGAUUUUGACUUGGGUUUUUGUUCUGUCCGAUAUAGAUGGCUGAAUAUCUGUUGUUUGAGUAGUUAUCUUAUAUCUUGUGGUCUUUUAUGGUGUACGUUAGUUAGGUUUUUGGUGUUCGGUUCUCUAGUUUUUUUUUUUCUUUUGGUUGGGGCUUAGUAUGGAGGAGGUUGAAGGAGCUAAUAAAGCAGCCGUGGAGAGCUGCCAUAGAGUUCUGAGCCUUUUGUCUCAGCCUCAAGAUCAGGUUCAGUGUAGAAAUUUAAUGGUAGAAACUGGGGAGGCUGUCUUCAGGUUCAAGAAAGUCGUUUCUCUUUUAAAUACAGGUUUGGGCCAUGCAAGAGUGAGAAAGCUCAAGAAACUCCAAAUCUCUUUUCCCCAAAACAUACUCUUAGAGAACCCCACUUGUAGAACAGAUCAGCAGUCCAAAAAUCUUCAAUAUCUUCAGUCUAGCUUUCCUGGAAACCCAAUUCAAGAAAUUGGCUCUAACGUUAAGAGUAAUCUGUGUUUGGGAAACCCAUCUUUGGAAUUGAGCUCAAAUGGGAAAAGCCCUCUCCAACUUUCCCAAAAAACACCAUCAACACACUAUCACUUCCUCCAACAACAACACCAGCAGAGGUUAUUGCUUCAGCAGCAACAGGCGAAACAAGAAGCCGAGAUGAUGUAUCGCAGGAGCAAUAGUGGCAUAAACCUGAAUUUCGAUAGCUCUAGUUGUACUCCCACAAUGUCAUCCACUAGGUCUUUUGUUUCCUCCUUGAGUAUAGAUGGGAGUGUAGCUAACUUGGACGCAAGUGCUUUCCAUUUAAUUGGGGCACCUCACUCUUCAGAUCAGAAUUCACAACAGCAUAAGAGAAAGUGUUUUGCCCGGGGAGAGGAUGGGAGUGUGAAGUGUGGGAGCAGUGGUAGAUGUCACUGCUCAAAGAAGAGGAAACAUAGGGUGAAGAGAUUGAUCAAGGUACCUGCAAUCAGUAACAAGCUUGCAGAUAUACCUCCUGAUGAUUACUCAUGGAGGAAAUAUGGGCAGAAGCCAAUCAAGGGUUCUCCUCAUCCUAGGGGAUACUACAAAUGUAGCAGCAUGAGAGGUUGUCCUGCGAGGAAGCAUGUUGAGAGGUGCUUAGAAGAGCCUUCCAUGCUCAUUGUUACCUAUGAAGGCGAGCAUAACCACCCCAGGUUACCAUCACAGUCUACAACCACAUGAACCGCAUGGAGAGAUAUUUACGAAGGCCAAGCCCUGCUUUUUAGUUUACCAAAAUCUAAUGUAUUGGUUGGCUUGGAAUGUACAUAUUUUGCAUUGCUUGACCAUGGAUAUAUUUACUUGGAGCAGUUUCUUGGUUCUGAAGGGUUGACUUGGAGCCUUUAUCUGACAAAUUGGCAUGAGUCCCCAUACUUAACUGAAGAAUUAUGUACUGUCGGGGGUUUCAAAUUGUAAGAACUCCUUUAAUCCUUUUUAGCUAGAGAUGCUUUAAAAAGCCUAGGGGGCUCGGGUUCAGAAUGAAUGAUAGAAGAUGCCAUUGCAUCUGCUAUGUGACUAGAAGAGUAAAAACUUGGCUCUUCCCUCAAAAGGGUUGGAGCUUUUUAGA